GUGUAGAAGUGUGUCCCGGAGCUUUUGAUCCUGUGAGCGAAUGAGGUUAAAUGUGCGAAACUCGGAUUGGAUUUUUCCGUCUCGGUGUGGUUUGAUUUUCGUUUUCGUCGCAAUGUGUUUGAAUCCGCGGGAGUGUCGUGAGUUGCCUUCAGUUCUGUGAUUUUGCGUUUCUGUUUCGAGGACAAGAAAAUCUCCGGAGUCACGAUGACCAAAUUAACGGAGGAGAUGGUUUUUGCCAGGACUCGCCAGUCCUCCUUGGAUGCGAUCGUGAAAUUCAAUUGCUGGGGAGCCGAUCUCUCAGAUGUCAGCGUGUGUAGAAAAUUCAGAAACUGUCAAGUUUUGUCACUGAGUGUGAAUCAGAUCUCUACCCUCGAAGACUUUCAAAACUUGCCAAAGCUACAAGAGCUUUUCAUCCGGAAGAAUAACAUUCAGCAUUUGUCGGAUAUAAUUUACCUGAAAAGUUGUCCGUCGUUGCAUUGCCUGUGGCUGGAUGAGAAUCCUUGCGCCGAGCAUGACAAUUAUAGACUGACCGUCAUUAGGAAUUUACCCAAUUUAAAGAAAUUGGACAAUGUAGAAAUCACGCCAGAUGAAAAGCGAGAGGCCGCACGAAGAGGUCAUAUUCUACAGCAUCCAGACUUAACGGAUACUUCUCCAGAGGAAUCUGAAACAGAGGAUGUUCAGUAUCAGAGGUCACAAAUCAUUGAGGAACAAUCUAGGCCAUCUCCAGAGUCAGAAGAUAGUCCAAGUAGAGAUAGAGAUAUUUAUGAAUAUCAACCAGCUCAAGAACAAAUUAGUUACACUAACUCAACAAGGUAUCACUCUAGUCAAAAUCACUCAUUACCUGAGGAAAAUAAUGUAGGAAAUAAUCACCAUAGUAAUUGGGGCUCAAGACAAGGGCUUCACAAAGAAAGUAGUAGCAGUGAAGGAAGUCCGACCAACGGCCAUCGAUACAUUCCAAAUUACUCGUCGCAAGAAGAGAGUUAUGUACAGACAUAUCCAAAAAUAGUUUCUCAUUCUAACAAUGACCUCAGGUCGCAGGAAAUUCUCUCCAGACGAGCCUCAAUCCUGGGCAGGCGCUCAGCCUCCAGAACCUCAAACAUAAUGUCAGCCGUAAUGCAUCUGGUAUCGGAAUUGGACUACUCAGAUCUAGUUGUUCUCGAGGCAGCCAUCCGAAGUAGACUCGAUAAAAUGGAUCAAGAUUCAGGAGAAUGAAACCGCCUGAAUGGUCGCACUUUUGUCCGACAGUGGCUUUGAAUCUUGAGGAUAUUUUGGAUUCUCAUACUUCCUCCCUUGUCUUGCCAGCACUUGUUCUCGUUUAAGUUAUCUAAUGUUUGAAGAUGCUUCCAAACAUAAGUUGAGAUGAAAUCGCAACAGAAAGGCUUUUUGCUCCAGCCGUACCAGCCCAAAAGGAACUUUUAUGGAAGGGCUAAUUGUAUUCUUCCAAGUCAUUGCUGUUUGAUGUAACAGUAUUUUUUUUUUUUUUUUUGCAACUCUUCAAGAGCUCUGAAUGUAUCUCCAAAGUGAAAUUUCUUAUAUCAAGGCUUUAUGACCUUAUGUAAUUGCGUUGAUAACAUGUGACUGUAUACAGAGAAGAGGCCCUUGUGUUCAGAGGUAAAUUUCUAAAGAUAAAAUAGUAAAUUUUGUCUAGUUGGACUGAGGAGUCAAGAUGUGCGUUUUUAAUACGAAAAAAUACAUGCAAGUCUCUAAAAAUAAGAAAAGGGAGUAAAAAAUCAACCAAUUCUGAGCAUGAAGCAUGAAUACUUAAAGAUCUAGUAAUUUUUUCAUGGAACCAUGGCUUUCAGAUUGCUAACUUUAUACCCUCACAAUGUUGGUUUGAUUUAAGUCGACUUUUUUGGAUUUUUAUGGCACAGAACAGUUUGUGAAACACUCCUCUGUAAAUUGGAGGCAGUAUCUAAAAGACACUGCACAAAAUAUCGAAAAAUUCAAUUCAGCUUAAUUUUGUUAUUAUGUGAUAACAAUGUUUUUUAUGACCGCUUGAGCACAAUGAACUUUUUAAAUUGCAUGUGCCAAUGUCAAGAAAAGUGGAUUUUUUGGCAUUUUUACUAACAUUUCUUUUAGAGGUGUAGGACUUGAGCUGUGUGGUGAAAUUUAGGAGAAAAAACCGUGAAAAAAAUGUGUUGCAAAAUUUCUCCUAAAUGAUGCGUGUAAAAAUGCGGGAAAAUUCACAAACCAACCCUGGUUUUCUUGAAAUUGGCACAUAGAAAGUCGGAUUCCAAAAAUCAUAUUGUGCUCUGGAAGUUGUUAAGGAAAUCAUUUCAAAUAAAGAAAUUUAGGCGGCAUCAAAAUCUUGUGGCAUUUUUUGCUGGGUCCCUUUAAGUACCUUGGCACCAAGGUCUCUUUUCUCAUAUGUUAUCUUAUCUGAAAAGAAAAACCCACCUUUGCUUAGUCGCCAUGAAUGUGGUAACUCUCUUUGGUUUCACCAGAAAUUUUGCCUUUUCAAUUGAAAAAUUCCCUAUGAUGCCUUCUUUUAUAGUCAACACGUACGGUAAAUGCAUGCUUUUCUGGCUUACGAUUUCAAACCGUUCCUUAGGAGGUGUCACAUUAUCAAAAAUUACUUUUCAGUUGUUUUUACCAGUUGACGUAACUUGUUCCAAAUACUAUUUGCAUAAUAACAAAUUAACCAAUUAUCAAAAAAAAAAUUGAUUUUGUUUCAUCUAUAGACCAGUUUUGAAAGGAUGGUUUUCAACAAAACUUCUGAGGAGUCAUAACACCCCUGAAAGCCAUUGAAUAAAAAUAAUAGAAAAGAAAGCACAUGUCUUAUUUUUAAAGGUUACCCUUUUUGACGUAUUUUAAAACAAUCAAUAUGCUAUUACAGGUUUUUUAUUUUUAUUUUGUCUUCUGUCGAACUGAACUAUCUAUUUAUUGCACCAAUCGGAAGAAAAGGAAAAAGAAAACAACUUUAGAUAAUUGAAUUGUCAAGAGUAUACAAGUGAUGUGCAGUGUUAUAACAAUUCAUUGGUCAUGACAAUGUGAUCCAGUCAGUCUUGCAGCUGACAUCCCAUUCAUUCAAUGACUUUAUGCAUCGGUUAAAACAAUUAAAUAAGGCUGGUCCUUAAGAAGUCGUCGUAUCCGAUUGCCACUGUAAUUUUCAAUUUUAUUUUACAUAUUUUUAUUAAUGGACUAUCGAAGGAAAAUUUCAAAUUUUAUUUAAAUAGACUGAGAGUAUUUUCUUUUAAUUUCUUGGGGAGGUGAUAAGAAUAAUUUAUUUUUAGUAAAACUUUACCAGAGCAAAAUACAGAUAUUGCAUACUACGCGAAGAUGAUCCUUUUCAGCUUAGAGGCAUGGCAUCUUAAAAAAGGAUGUAGCCUAGUGCAAAUCAGAAAGCAACAUGUGCACGAAAUCUGUCUCUCGUGAAAACAAUGUGCUCAACACUUUAGAUCUUCUUCGGUUUAGGCAGGGCUUCCUGAUAUAGCAAGCCAAAUUUCUGAAGAGCGUAGCUCAGUGGGUUGUUUAAGAUGCUGUACAUUAAAAUCCCUACUCAAAUAUGGUUGCGCCCUGUUUGAAGAAUUUUAAAACUGCAAGGCAACUUUUAUACUUCAAAAACAGGGAAAGAGGUAAACAAAUUUUCUAGAAUUUUCAGAAUGCAAAUGUUUGAUUCAAAACAUCUUUCAAAUUCAUCUGUAUUUUCAGUAACAUAUUAAUUUUUUUACACCGAACUAAUUAUUAGAACUAUAAGCAAUUAAUACUGUUAUUUUUGUGAAAAAAUUGAUGAUCAGCAUUAAAUUGUCACUAAAAUGAGUAAUCCUUUUAUAUGUUACGUUAAUGACGCAAAGCCUCGUACUUAUAUUUUACUCAUUUCGUUUGUAUACAUAGUCAUAUCGUCCUUAAGUUCCUAUUUAGUGAUUUCACAAUUACAAUUUACAAAGUAAUUUCGGUUGUAUAAAAUUCAAUAUGUAAUACCUGCAGAAACAGAAACUCAGUUGUGAAACAUUUGACAUAUUUUAACUCAGUGGCAGACUUCUUUAUUAUGUGGGAAAAAUUUACGGAGUUCUGUACUCGUCAUUACUCUAAAAUUCAGUUUCAUUGUUAUAUUUCUGUUAUUAUCUGUGUAUUUGUGCGAUUUUUCAGUUUUCCAAAACUGGAAUAUGGCCGUAGUUUUCAGCAGGGGCUGAUUCAAUUAGUUGCCUCGCCAUGCUAAGAGAAAACGCUCCGAGAGUAUUUGAAUGUUGCCGAAUUUAGAUAAUUACUUUUGAGAAAAGUUAAGAGCAUUUUUCCUUGACAUUUUCAGAAACCGUAGAUUGAAUAAUGAACACAAUUUUCCAUUUACAACGAAAAAAUUCACAAGUUUGCCAGGAAAUUCAGUAUUGCCCGAUUGCUCAUAUAAUUUUUCUCCUUAGCAUGGUAGUGCGCCAGUCAAAAACCGUGUAUCUCUCUCCUCAAAUGCAGUGUAAUGUCUGUUUUAAUGUCUAAGGAAACUGCUGCUGUUGAGAAUAUCUUCUAUAAACAUCUUAACAACCACGUCCCUCUUUUCUUGCUUCUUUUCUUUAAAAUUUUCUCUUUUUAAAGUGCACCCUCGUGAUUUUGUGCAAUUGUAGCACAUAUUGUGCAAUUUUUCAGCGAAUAUUUGAUGUAUUUGGUGCAAUCUUAUUCAUUAGUAUUGUUAUUUUUCUUCAGUCUCAUUUCUGUUCAAGCUGGGAAGCAUUUUAUCAGUGAUAGGGUCAGUGGCAGAACUUUUAUGUAGACUAUCCAACAGUUGCUACCAAAGCAAAAUUCCAUGAGCGCCCCCCCCCCCCCCCCCCCAAAAGAAAAAAAACUUCAUGAAAAAUUUCACUUUAAGGAGUUGACAGUCGGGAUGACAUGCUAGGCCAUUUCUGUGGCUGGGCUUUGGCCAAUCAGUGAAUGCAGACUCUCUCGCCUAUCUAAGCCAUGAGAGACUGCCAAAAAUGCUGUAUCAAAUGGGUCUAUAUUGUGGUGGCUUUCAAAUGGACUUUCUCUGUCAUUUUGAGUAAAAAAAAUCAGAAUGAAUUACUGGGAGCUCAUCUCACAUAGUACUUCGAGAAAAUGAAUUUUAAAAAUAAAAAUUAAAAACAAGGCUCCACUGACCCAUUAUAAAUUUUUUCAUUCUGUUAUCAAACAAAAAAGGAUUAUAGAUAAUCCCUUUCUAGGAGCUCAUAGAUCAUUUCAUCGUAGGGGCUAUAUAUUUUUUAGUUCUCUCUUGUUUGAAAAUUUUCGUUUAAUGGUGCUCAUGUAAUAACGUUACUUUGAUCAAACUAGGUGUUUUUAUUUUGGUGCGAUUCACUUUACUAAUCAAUUAAUUGAUUGUCUUUAUGUACUCAGUAUAAUCAUUUGAUAAUUUUUUAAUCUCUAAUCUGUUUAUUUAUUCAGUUUUCCAAAUUUUUUGUGAUGGAAUGUGAGAUCGAUAUUUUGGUUGAAAGUAAGAAAAUGUGUGAAUGUGAAGGGCAGCAACAGUAGUCUAAGAUACUUGUUAAGAUACUUGAUAAGAUUUUUGAGAACACAUCCUGUAGGUCAAAUGUCAGUUUGAAUUUUUUCACUUAGCAUAACUUGUAACAAUUGUAGCUGGGAGGAAAAUUUUUUUCAGUUCAAUUUAAAAUUUUAUCGCAUCGAAAUUUAGUUCAUGUAGUACAAAUUCAACCUAAAAUAGAACCAAAAGUAAAUGUGAGUAGUGAAAAACAAUUCUAUCACUCUGUUUGUUAUGAUCGUUUUUAGUUUUUUCCUGCUAAUGCUCAACUGACUUUUAUCUUUUUUUUCCAUCCAGUAGUCCCAGUUUAAAUCAGUGGUCGAAACUUGUCUCCGCUCUCAUUUUGAUGGAUCCUAAUUGGGUCUUGUCUCAUCUUUUCUCCAGUUGAAUAAUUUUAUUUGUAGUCUUUUUCUGAUUUCUUUUUUUGUAACGUUCAUUUUGGCUCUUUUCAUAGCAUAUUUAAUUUAAAAAUUCCCACCUCUAGAAUUGAGAAAGAAAAUAAAGAUCAUAAUGGAACUUCAACACUAACUGAAGUCCGAUUCACUACGUACACAUUUCAAUUUCUAAUAUUGUAAACAGUGAUAAUGUCAGUAUUUUGUUCCAGUACAUAAGAACUUCCGUCCUGUGUGUAAAAUGUAUACUUGUGGAGAAAUUGUAAGUGUGAUACGCAAUCGUUGUACAUUUUGUUGUAAUUAAUGUAAAAUUCAGAUUUUUAUUUUUGAAGAUCAUAAUACCAUGCAAAUACUAAUACAUCUUAAGAUGAGUUGAUGUCCAAACUUUGAAACCAAGUAUCUCCAUGGGGAUGUCAUGAAAUUUCACCCUUCACUCGAGGAAAUGAGGCAACUCAAUUGUUUGAAAUUGUCACAAUUGUCUAAUUAGAGAAAAAAAAUGUACGAACAUUUACAAAAAACUAAAUUGACUGGAUUUGAGCUUAAGAAUAAAGUAUGAUAGGAGGUCUACAAAGUUGUGAACUGAGAUAUGUGAUUUCCAAGUUAAGCUAUUGAUAUUUUUGUUUUUCAAGUCUUCAAUUCUUGUUUUAAUUGCAUUUUUAUUUUCAAAUCAAGAAUUUUUGGUCAGUGAAGUAUAGCUGCCUUCUGUUGCUGCCUCAAAAUUUGGUUGCCUUUAGUAGGAUGGAACAAUCUUUUAUGAGAAGGAAAAGUUCUGGUCCUUAGUAACGGCCGGCACAAUCAUUAAUAAAAACCCCUCUACGCAAAGAAUUAAUUUCUCAAUUUUGAGCUUCCCAUCUCUCAGGCCCAUUUGUUAGAAGGCGUAUUAUUUUAUUAUUAUCUUAUCAAAUCUUGGUUUCUCCCCGUGAACUGAAUUAAGAUAGAAAUCAACUCCUUGUCAAAAGAACCAAGUUACAUUCGUUUUUCUUUUAAAUCUCCAAGGAAUUGAAUUAAAUUCGAGAUAGGAACCAUGUCCAUAUUGAUUGUUGAUGGUCUAUAUCGAUUGUUGAUUAUCCAUAUUGGUUGUCAAUUAUCCAUAUUGAUUAUUCUGGAGAAUUUUCCAAGUAACGGAUGAGCAACCCUGUUUCCCGUAUAACUUUGUCUUCUUUCGCUGAACGUAAUCCAAUUAAUCUUUGCUGGUCAGGUUCUUAAUUGCUGGUUCGUUCCGAGCUCUUCCAGAAAAAUUAAGCUUUCCAAAUUUUGUGUUCAUUCAGAGCUAUCCUUUUAUCACCUAAAAUAGAAUAUAGAAUUUCGUCUUUGAAGGGGCCCUUGAAUGAAACUUAUGAACUUCCAAAGAGAGUCGCAAUAGAGUAAUUUUUAGGCAAAUUUCUUAGCUCAGUAUUCUUUUUGGUGCUCACUUGAAUUGGCUUUCAUUAAUUCAAGGGUCUUUUUCGAAGAAUUCACCGCACACCUAGUGUUCAGAAUCAACAUAACUUAAUCCAUGCAUAUCAUCACCAAUAUCACAUUAAAGUCAUCAGUCUCAUCUUAUGUUAUUGACUGCAUAUAGAACGUCUAUAAGUCCCAGUCAAGAACGAGUUAAAAAAUAUCGUGGAACUCGGCGAUAAUUAAUUUUUUUUUCCAAAUAUUAUAGUUUUCACGAUUUUUGAGCAUGACUUUUAAUCUGGAACUUCCUGUGUGUCAAUUUUGAGAAUACUGAACUUAAAAAGUAAUACUUUUAACACAUACACAUGCAUAUACGUAAGGCACCACUGCUGUGUCCAAACAGUGAAAAUCUGAUGUGCGAAAGUGCGCAGAGAGCUUGUUAGCAAGGAAAAGAGAACACUUUUUGAUCCCGGAUUGGACUGUGCUGCAACAUGCAAAAUAGCAAACACGUAUUAAAGUCCUGAAAAAAUUAUCUUUCCAGCUACGAGUUCCUCAUUAUUGGACCAUAGGAAAUUCUGGUUCUAAAGCCAAAUGCCCCUAAGGUCUUAACACACAAAAUACAGAAAACUAAAGAAUCUAACCGCUAUCAAUUUUUCAUUAUUUUGCGCACCAUGAGAUUGUUUUGAAGCUACCGCUCUCACUUUGUUAUCACUUUGAAUUCCAGCUGCUGCAAAAAGAUAAAUAACUCAGAAUCAAAGGCAGCCCAAUCAUAAAAUUCCAGGGAGUUUGAUCCUGAAAUGUAAAAGAAAUAUCCACCUCAGUCAUAUAGCAUGAGAUUAAGAUCCCUUUCUGGAUCCGUGGCAAAAUUUAGAUCAUCAUUUAACGUAUUAAUGUCACAAUUGUAACAUAUUGUUCUAACUUGUUAUGUAAUAUGUACUUGCCUUAAUUGUGAUACUUUAUUUUAUAAUAAAAGCGAAAGUUUCAAUUA